AUGUGUGACGGUCACAGAGGAGGAGAGAGAGAGAGAGGAAGAGAGAAAGAUAGUUUUCUUUGUGUUGAUGAAUAUACAACCGGAAGAGGGGGACGGGACCACACAACUGGGACCUGGGACCUGGGGGACCCUGGGGGCCUGGGGGGCGAGUGUACGGAAACCACUUCAACACUACAGAUGGUGUUCCCUCGGCUCUCUCCAGAUGUUUCUCCAAUGUCCUUGUCCGUAUCACCAGUAAAAGCCUUAUUUUCACCCGGGAUCAAUCAUUAUAUAGUUGUAUUGGCGCCCGAGGGCCGGACGCCUGUUCAACUUAGCGAGGAGCUGCUGGUCGGAAAAACAGUGAAAAAACCAAACUCACACUUAUUACCGCCGGCCUCUCAGCUGCCGACAACACCCGCACACACACAGGCGCGGGGCUGGUCGGACGCGGGGCUCAGGACCGGAACGACGGAACAGACAUCGACCUUCACGAAAGAAAAAAAGAACGCCUCGGUGGACCUUAACGCGAGGGGAGUAAGGUGUUGUUUCAGACCGGGCGGCCGGGAGGCGGUUAGUGCGUACGUGACGUGGCGCGGCGCCUGGAAACAGAAGCUCAGGAAUAAAGGUGAAAGUUGGUGCGGGGUCGCCCUAAAAAAAGGUCGACUAUCUAAUAAUAAGAGGAUCGGCGUACCGGCCGCGCCGGGGGCUGAGCCUUAUGUCCGCGGCAUAAGGUCUGUUACCGAGCAGACACUGCGAUCAGACUCCUCUCGAAGAAAUCAGAACCAUGAGUCCACGUUCGAAGGAGGAGCCACGGUGGCGACGAGGAGGGAGGACGCUGAGGAGAGACAAAGGAGGAAUAGAGAACAAAGGAAACGGAGCGAGGACAGGAGGAGACGGGAGGGAAGACUUUAUUCAGAACUCAUUGUUUAUUAUUCGAAACACUCCUCCCUGUCCUCACGAGCGUCGCCUCUGUCCCUCUACUCCUCAAGCUCCGUGUCUGGUCUCCGGCCCAUCAUCAUCAGAGCAGUCCUCACUCUUAUAAGUAUUUGUUUAUACAUCACUCCCAGUGUCGCCCUCCCUCACUGUACAUACUGUUCCAGUCCCCGGGAGAGGAUUUCCGAAACCACCAGGGAAGUGAGUUACCAGGAUGAACUACUGACUCUGAAUAUGGUGUUGAGAGGUUUGGGUGGUUCCUUAUCAACAUACAAUGAUAAAAAGUGA